CUCCCCCUCGGGGGUCUGAUGAGACCAAAAGGGGAGGGAAGGGAGCCUCCCCCAGUUCAUAUGUCCCGCUCCAGCCGUCUCUCCAUCGACAAAGAACCAGCUCAACACUGAAACACCAUGUCCUCCUGUGAAAACCUCUUCAUCAGCCUCAUGCUGCUCGCUGCUGGAUUCAACCUUCUGUGUUCAGCAGUCCCUCUGCCCUCUGAAGCCUCAAGCAUGGACAACAGCACUGAUCACAAGAACGGAUCCACCUUCCUGUAUUUUGCCUAUGGCAGUAACCUGCUGAAGGAGCGACUGCAGCUGAAGAAUCCAUCAGCAACUGUUCACUGUGUGGCCAAACUGAAGGACUAUAAACUGGUCUUUGGCAACCACAAAGGGUUAGCGAGUCAGCGCUGGCGUGGUGGUGUUGCGACAAUCGAGCACAGCCCAGGUGAUGAGGUGUGGGGGGUCGUGUGGAGGAUGAACAUGUCGGACCUUGAGUCCUUGGACAGGCAGGAGAAUGUGAAAAUGGGGACUUACAGCCCAAUGGAGGUGUCCGUUUCCACCAGUGACCAGGAUCUCAACUGUCGGACAUACAUCAUGAACAGCUGUGUGUAUGCGCCACCUUCACCACAGUAUCUACAGGUUAUUGUAAUGGGCGCGGAGCAGAACGGGCUGCCGGAAGACUACCAGGAUAAACUCAGGUCUAUCGAAACCAACAAAUACGAGGGACAUCUACCUGUGAUGGAAGAACUGGAGAAAGCUUUGAAAUCCAAAGAAAGCACACAAGAGAUUCUAUCUGAAGAUUCGCCCUUAGGUUAGUUAUGUUGUUUAUGCAGAACAAGAAAAAUGUGCAGUAUUCGUAUUGAUUGGUAGUAAAACAAUAAAAUUCCAUAAAGUAUUUUCUUUCCAGCA